GGAGAGUCAUAUCGUGCACUUCGUUGCUUCAGCAGUCUUUUAUACGUAGCACUUCGUAUUUACGGUGAAAAAGCGUAGAUAGGCUCGAGCCUUCGUCAUCAACGCAUCGUACAUAGACGACCGCCCCUUCGUACCGGUUCGCCCUUCUCAAAAAUCAGCCCGACGCCCCGACCGUACUCUGACCUCCGACCCCUUCUCGCCGGCUCGCCCUACUAAGUCUUCAGGUUAGAUGGAGUUUGGAUAUGGCAUUCCACAUAAUCUUCAGGGACUCGAGAACUUUGAGGAUGGCAAAGACAUUAAGAUGUCUGAGGUUGAGGAGGGAGAACUGGUCGAGAUGAUCUCUAAGACUGAAUUGGGCGAAAAUGGUGGUGUGGUUUCUGGGAAAGGAUUACGCGAAACUAUGGUUGGAAAUGAGAACAUAGAUAAAAAAGAUUCUGAUAGUAAAAAUCAGAAGCGUAGGAAGAACAAGAAGAAGAAUAAGAAGAAGAAAAACAGAGGAAAUAAAGGCCCUCCAGUUCCAAAUAUAACGGAUGUCAACAGAUUUGUAAUUGAUGUAUGUAAACGCUUGAGAGAGAGAAAAUCUUAUUUGGUAUGGACUGCUGUGGCUUGUCUUGGUGUAUCCGUUCUCAGUGAUCUUGUCAAUGAGGCUUGUGUGAGCUUCUAUUUCCUACACUCGUGUUCAACGCAAUGGGUAAAAAGAGUGUGGUCAAUUAAAAAGGCUAUCGUGUAACAAGAUUGUUAACAUAUUGCGUGUGUAGUUCCUCCUGAGGUUUUUUGUUAAGUCACCAACUGAAUUCAAUCGAUCAAGAAAAAUGUCGUUAAUACUUUGAAAAGGUGAGGUGCUCAUACUUAAUAUGUUUAAAUGUUCUACUCUUCUUUUGUUGUCUCUGAUGCUGUAUGUUGUUUCCCUACCCUCGCAGAUGUUAAAUGAUGAAGUCAUUUCACUGGUUUCGGUUCCAUGGACUUUUCUACCAAGAUAGUUUUUGGCUUUACACUUUAUGAAGUACAAUGGGUAUAUAGGUUGAUGCAAAUUACUUGCCAUGUUACUGUUCAAUCGUUGGUGUGCACCAUGAUGCACUGUGUAUUAAGUAGUGACACGCAUCAUAGAACAUGAGUAUGUAGUGAUGUCUCGUAGGAAAUAAUUUCAUUAGUUAACACUUUAAAAGCAGUUGGGUAAGAUAAAGGUUAUGUGGAAGCCAUGUACAAAUUUGCUAAGUAAUUAUUAGAAAUUAAGUAUUUAAUCCCUAACGGCCUAACCACCAUUAAGCUAUGAAAUUUCAUGGAGAUGUUCUUACAGUUAAUACAUAAUUUUGUUUGGACCGUCUGAUAAUAUUUGUUCCAUCCAUUGAAUUUCAAAUUGGAACUGAUAUAUUUAAGUGUAGAUGUGUAUGUAAUUAAAUCCUUUUAUACCAAUAAUAAGGGUACUUCUUGAGAUGUAUCUUCUAGUAAGAUUGGAUCUUGACUUUUCUUUGUUUCUGCCUACAUUUAAACAUAGUGCGUAACUUCACUUCUAUUCUACGUUGGGAAUUCAAAGUAUACAAAUAAACUGUAUGCUUAAGAUUGGUUAAGUUUAUUUGACAUGCAAUUCUGAUCAUAAGAUUCAUAUUCCUCUAAAGUGCACGAUCUUGAUGUGUUCUUUACCCAUUGAAUGAAGAAGUAAAUAGGUCCUCGUUUUCAGCAUAGCCUAUAACAUUGUACAGAUAUGAUUGUUACACCAUGGAUGCGUGUGUCCUUCAGCUUUGUGUCCUUCAAGUUUCUAUGCCAAUGAAAUCAGUACUAAAGUAAUGUUGUUUGCAGGUGGAUGCAAUUCAGGCAUCUGGUGGCCAGAAGACUUCUAAUGGCCAGCGAUAUAGAGUAGGUGGUGGGAUCUUAUGGAACAUUCUCAGAGUGCGUGAACCCAAUGCUUUCAAAGAGAUAAUGCAAAAGGGAAAGGAGUUUGAGAAGCAGCUCAAGCAAGCUUCUAAAGCAGCCCCAAGUAAGCAAGGAACAAAAGAAGCUACUAACCAGAAAACAACUGGCAGUGCAGUGCAAACCCUUGUCAAUUCUUCAGAUGGCUCAAAAGUUCCAUCUUAUAUGCUGUGUAAUUCGCUUGGACAGUCAAAUGGUGAACCAUGUCAAUCUGUUUUUAAUAGAAUACGGGUGCCUGUGAGGUACGAUGACCUGUAUCAGGAAGAGCAUCCCAAAGAUGUACAGCAGCAGAGUGCUGUUUGCAAUUGAACUAUGGACUGAUCUUCCUAUAUUUCCAGUUCCUUAAAUGAGGGUGUUCAUGGUUCACCCUUUGGGAAGGUGAUGUGCUUUUUCUAAAGAAGGUUAUAGUAAGACUAUUUUCUCUAGAAAAUACAUAGAACCGUUGCUUUUUUUGGCUGGUGGCAUACAGAUCCAGUUUUGAUUAUAUUUCUGUUAAAUCGUUCCAAGUGCACUUAAACUGCGGUGAGGUUGCUGUCCAAUGAACUAGCUGUAGUUAUAGUCUGGUUCUUUGGUGUGAAUUUUGCAAGUGCAUCAUUGGUUUGAGACCCAAAUUGGUCUUUCAUGAUUAGUUUCAUCUUGGAUUUUGUUAGAAUAGACAGGGUUGGCUGGCUAUGGCUUGCUCCCUUGACUGUUGAGCGAUUCCUAGGACUAGAAUGGUACGGUUUUGACCUGAAACCAAAAGUCGAAAGAAAGUAAAAAGUCUAGUCUGAUUAUAUCUUUCAAAAUUUGAAGUCAUGGUUUGUUUGGAUUGGUUU